GGAGGCGGAGGGCGGCGGCGGCGGGAAGAUGGCGGCGCCCGUGCUGCUGAGGGUGUCGGUGCCGCGGUGGGAGCGGGUGGCCCGGUACGCCGUGUGCGCCGCCGGGAUCCUGCUCUCCAUCUACGCCUACCACGUGGAGCGGGCGAAGGAGCGCGACCCCGAGCACCGUGCCCUGUGCGACCUGGGGCCCUGGGUGAAGUGCUCCGCCGCGCUCGCCUCCAGAUGGGGUCGAGGAUUUGGUCUUUUGGGUUCCAUUUUUGGAAAGGAUGGUGUAUUAAACCAGCCAAACAGUGUCUUUGGACUUAUAUUUUAUAUACUACAGUUAUUACUUGGCCUAACAGCGAGCGCAGUCGCGGCUCUGAUCCUCAUGACGUCCUCCAUCGUGUCUGUGGUGGGGUCUGUGUACCUGGCCUACAUCCUGUACUUUGUGCUGAAGGAGUUCUGCAUCAUCUGCGUUACCACAUAUGUGCUGAACUUCAUCCUUCUCAUCAUCAACUACAAACGACUAGUUUACUUGAAUGAGGCCUGGAAACGGCAGCUGCAGCCCAAGCAGGACUGACACCCUGGCCAGCUUUUACUGACAGUCUGAUGUCCCGUUCCCGUUAAGUUUAUUUUGCAGCAGGUUUUUGUUUUUGUUUUUGUUUUUUUUAAAUUCUUCACAACAGACACUCUCCCUAAGAAUCUUAAACUGAUUUUUUAAAAUACUGUAAAUUAGAAGGGGCCCUAGCUAUUUUCUGUGUCAAUCUUCAUUUUAAAUAUGGAUACAAAAAAAAAGGACACACGGAGCCAAUCAAAGACAAGCUUUAACUUUACUUUGAAGAUGUUUCUGAGAUAAUAAAACAUAGCGCUAGCCCCCUUUCCUCAACUGUAAAGUGAGCAACCAUUGCUAGUAAUUCUUUAAUGUGUAUGAAUUCAAUUUCAGGUAUAACAAAUGUGAUCAUGACAUGAAAAUAUUUUAGAAUAGAUACUGUAUUAAAUAUUGCCAUGUUUACAAUAUGUAAUAUGUUUUUAGCCGAUGGAUUUAAACAUGUAGAUUCAACUAGAAUCCAUUUAUGUGAUAUUUGUAAAUAAAAGUAGAAAUAUUGGAUCCAUCCCUGCAGAACUUACUGUACAGUUUAGUUGAAGAAUAGCAAUGAAGAAUUGUGAGCUCAAUGUUGGCUGGUGAAAUAGUGGAAAUAGUAAGCCGUGCAGAGCAUCUUGUGGAAGUACUGACAGCCGUGGGUGCAGCAUUGGUGGCAAAAAUAAUAGGGUGGUUGGUUCCCUUUCAUCUCCCUGCUCUGAGAGGAAGAAACUAAAUUAGAAUGUUCAGGUCACAUUUGUGUCUAGUAUAAAACUGGAUCGGUGUAACCUUACAGAAUGUGUCAUGUGACCAGACCUUCAUGUCAAGAACUUCAGAACACUAAUGGGAGAAAAACUGGAAGUACCAAUGUGGCGUUUUUAGGUAAAGCCCUAGAAGAGUUGCAUUUUCAGUGCAGAUGUUUCCCUUAAUAUUGGUGCCAGUCAGCCAAGCAGUAUUGUGACUUUGGAGUCGCCAGUGUGAGCCCCACUGCCCUGGCAUGAUUGCUUCUGUAGCUGCAUGUUCCCUGUUUCCUUCUGCACUGAUGACUGCUGGUCACUGUUGUGAGUGAGAGCCUGGGUCUGUAAAGGGUAGGGCUGGCACUGGUCAGUUUGGUGAACUGGGAGAAGCAUUACAGGUGGAAAUAUUUAAAGGGGGAAUGCAGUCAUGUCAUCACUGCUCUUUCUUAUAACGACACAAUGCAGUAAGAAUCUUUCAAGGUGAUUUGAAUAAGCCCAAAUGAAAUCGUGACAGUACGCCUCUGUGGCUAACAUCCUAUAUCAGAAUGUUAAAAGUGCCUUCUGUCUUACAUCUCAAACCAAAUAUUUUGUGUGUGGAACCUGGGCAGAAGUGUCCUUCCUUCGUAACUGUGAAGUAGAAAACUUGCACUCUGCAGAAAGGUUCUGUGUGGUCAUUUUACUCCUUAGAUUGAGAAGCAGCAGCGAUGUCUUUGCUUCCAAUUUGAUUAAUCAUUAUGUUAAAAAUAGUCAAUUAGAAGAGUAACCUGAGUGCUUUAUUUGCCUUCUUUUUGACUGCGGGGACAGGCUCUGCUCUAAACUAAGGUGUGUAGAGUCAGCAGUUGUUUAUUAGUUUACCACUAACUGCCGUAACUGGCACAACAUAGAUGAUCUGGCCCAAGGCAGGGGCAAAAUCUGAACAGUUUAAUGAACUCUUAGUGGGGUUUUAACCCAUUUUCUUAAAAGGUAUUCAGAUUUCAUGGAGGCUUAUGAUUUCCCACGAAUGUGGACAUUUCAAUGCCUGUCUCGUGUGUAUUGUAGUUGUGUUCGUAAGCAGUUACAGAACUUCAGACAGCACUGAGUGCCCGGCGCUUUCAGAGAAGCAGAUUCUGUGUUUGAGAGCCGAACAGUGAGGUCACUGGAGCAGUCACUGGCUCUCUUUUAGUGGAAAUGGUUAGUGGCUAAGACUUGUGGCACCAGGCAGCUGUGCCAACAAGUCCGUUGUGCCCAAUUUUAAGCCAUCUCUGAUCACAUUCUGUGUCCGUCAGCAAAGUAGAGUUAAAGCUUAUCUUGAUGCUGCAUUCUGGGAAAGGUCUGCAACACUUCGUGAGAAAGCUGCAGAUGUGCAGCCUGGCCCUUCAUGUUUCCCUUGCUUUCCUGCACUUCGGGGAAGCACUGUUUCAGCUAUAUAAAAACUGUUGCCACAUUCCUGUGCCCCAGUAGAAUUAGGCCCUUUUUCUCACUGAGAUGAAAAGGUGCUGCCUAAAGUAACAGCAUUGCUGAAGUGUCAGUGUCUCCAAUAAGCAGCAGAAACCCUGUUGCACUGUCAGUGUCUCAGCAAGCAGCAGAAAACCCUGUUGCGUGUUACUUGGCUUUUUUUUUUUUUUUUUUUCUCUAGAGGAAUUCAGGCUCCCUACACACCUUCUACUCCACCAAGAAGAGGGAUACCAUAUUAUAAAAUUUGAAGAUUGUUAGGAUCUGCAGUGUUUAGAUUGAAUAUUUAAACAAUGCAGCAUCAUAAACCAUCAAUGCUGAAGGACAGACUGGGAAAAAAAUUGGUUUUAGCAGUAAUUCCAUGCUUUGUGUUUCAAGUGGUUCGUAACAAACAAAGCCUCUUUUUUACUUAAUAGUCACAAAUACUUGAGGAAAUUAGUAUGGUUAAAGGAUGAAUUCUAGGGUGUUUUGGAGGAUUUCAUCUGGGUUUUCACAGCAGCUGGUUGCUGUCAGUCGGGGUGAACUUCUGGAAAACUCAGGUUUAACUAGUUGUGUGCCAGAAAUUAUUUUUUCUUGAUAAAUAUAGCACAGCCUCUCCUCCAGGUCAUGACUUCAGAAGAAUGUCGAAAGUAUUGACUAUUUUCAUACCAAGAAACAAAGAUUCUUCAUUUGGUACAAAGGAUCUUUAGACCUCUUAGGUAGAAUUUAGGACCAAGACCACAGUAAAAUUAAAAGUAUUUGCUGGCUUUUGUUUGCUUGCUUUAUUUUCAAGAGACUGUAUAUUUUGGAAGUGCAAAGAAAUCUUUAGCAGUUACUUCAAGACUUUGGCAGGCACCAGUGCUUGAUGCCAAUGAAUGACAGGCAGUCUUGUCUUAGGUCAGCAUUAGACAGAUGCCAGGGAAGAAGCCCAGUUCUUCCUGGAAUUUACUUGGGGUGAUACGCCUACUCAGCAGCCUUGGUCCUCUGGGUUUCAUCCAACACACAGGCCUUGGCAAAACAUCUCCAUUUAGACAUUUUAGGCAGCACUUAUGAAUCCUAAUUUGUGAGAACAGCCCUUCGUAAAACUAAAGGGGCAGGGGUGGAAGUCCAGGCUACUCGAUUAAACAUCUUUUUUCUUUUCUUUCCUUUUUUUUUUUUUUUUGACAAAUUAGCCCAAAAAAGGUGAAAUGUUUUGUUAUAAAUCUGUAUUAAGCAUGGCCAAAGGAUUAGGUGUCUGAUCUGUAUAGUAUGUUCCAUCAAAAAUAUUUAUUACUAGUGCUUUUUACGUUCCUGAGUAAACAUUCAUUUUAAAUGGAGUUCACUGGGCAGAAUUUCCCCUUUAAUAUAGACAGAAACAUUCUUUAUCAAAGAUUGAGGACACCAUUUUGCUAACUGGUAAAUAAAAACAAAUGUAAAUAUGUAAGAAUGUUUAUUUGUUGCACAUAACUUUUUGGUAUAAAAUAAAUGUAGAAGUUAUCUGUGGAAA